AUGAAAGCAUUACCAUGUUGGUUAAAAUUAGUGAUAACAUCACGAAUGUUAAAUGAAAAUGAAUGGAAGAAAUUUGAUCGUUUUCAUGUUUUAAAUAUUGAUGAAAAUCCAAAUGAAUUGAUCGAUUUUAUUCGUGAAAAAUUACCACAAUUUGAUUCUGAUAGUAUAUUUGAAUGUUGUCAGGGUUCCUGGUUUUAUGUUUCACAAUAUUCUCGAGCUUUGAAUGCAAAUUUACUUACAUUACCAUCAACAUCACAAUCAUCCGAUGAUAAUUUGAUAACCUUUCCACAUGAUGAUAAAUUACAUCCAAAUGGUGUUUCUGCUCUUUUGGCGCAAAUUGAAUCAGAACUACCUACUCAUUUAAAUUUAUAUUUACGAUUAAUAGCAGCAAGUCGUCGUCCACCAACUCGACAACGUCUUAUUGCUGUCACCGUACUUACAGCUAAUCGUCCAACAAAUUUGGUAGAAGCAGAUUUACGUGAAUGUGAGCCAAUCUUAGAAUGUACUGAUCCAUUAAUUCUAAGUGGCGCAUGGCGUGAACGUUUUAUGGGUGAUGAAUGCGAAGAAGGUCAUGCCUUAUGGGCGCAAUUUAUUCAACGAACGGGUUGUGAUACUUUACAAACACUUAUCGAAUUCGCAUAUCAUUUAGCUCAUUCUGAUGAAUUACAUUAUUUGGAUCGAAUAAGAUUAUUGCGUGAAUUUGGUGCUGAUAUGAUCGAACUUAAAUGUCCAGUAUUUGAUUAUAUCACUACUGAUUUAUUAGUUAAAGCAGGUGCAAUUAUUUUGGAUUAUCGUCAACAAAAG